AGCUGUGUCAGUUUAAAUCAAAGAGAUAAAUAAAUAGAGUUGCUGUGUUUGUAGCUGUAACUUCGUUUGUACGUCGAUUAAAUCGUUCCCAGUGAUUCAAACACCAUUUACCACAUCGGCUAACCCCGCUGUGGAUCAUCCUCCUAACACACUGGCUCUUCCUUGCAUUGAUGGCUGUUACCUCCCCAAACAAGAGAAUCAAUUCAUCCACACGAUCUUGGAUGAAAUCUUCACCUUUCAGGAGAAAAAUGAUCAGAAAAGCGUCCUACUAUUCCCACCUCUUCCAAGCCGACUUCGCUUCCUAAUUCACAAAACCACUUUGAACCACCCUGACCUCACCACCUUCUCUGUGGGUGAUGGCUGGGCUCGCAGAACUGUUCUCUGCCACUCCCAUCUCAGGUUGCAUACAGAGGAAGAUUGCAGAGACACAGAGCGCAGUUCCUAUCAGCGACCGCACUGUCGGGGCAGGGGAAGGGGGGGCAGAGGCAACAGCCGACCACCAGAAACCACAUUCAACAACAGAAGAGGAGCCAGACGGCCCGACAAGCCUGUUUAUGUUCCGCGUGCUAUAAGACAGAAUGUGUCUGAAAACUUGGCAGGUUUUGAACAACUGAACCUCAACCCUUGCGAGAACAGCUUGAGCACUUCCGAGGAAUCCAGCUCUGAUGACAUCAUGAAGGGACCGCUUGUAGCCAAUCAGGAGCCAGACGUGAAUAGUACUAACCAAUCACUGAAUGAUGCCUGUGACCAGACCGUGCCUUUCUUAACAUCCAUGCCAUUAGAUGACCGAGAUGAUGAAAACUGUAGCAACACAGUCGUUCCCACAGAUGAAACUAUCCAGCCACUCGACAGUGAAGAAAUUGAACAGUUGUACUCUGAGAUCAAAGCCAACCUGAAACACAAGGACGUUGUCAUACAGAAUACCUGCAAUGAUUAUUCCGGUUUUGCAACUAUCUGGCUCAACCAAAAUGAGUUCUCCCAUGUCAUUGAGAUCUAUGACUUCCCUAACAUCUUCAAAACUGAUGAUCUCCUCGAUGCUUUUGUCGACUACAGUGAGGGGGGCAUGAAGAUCAAGUGGGUAAAUGACACUCAUGCACUCGGUGUAUUCUCAAGUCAGGCAGCAGCUGAACAGGUGCUCUCCCUUAAGCAUCCAUUACUGAAGACCCGUCCUCUGUCAGAGGGAAGUCAGAAAGCAAAGUGGAAAGCAAUGAGACGAGCAGAUGUGCACUGGGUCACAGCUCGAGGUUGCCUGGCUUUGUGUGGCAGGUUCCAGGCCGGUUUGUGGGGGCUGAAGACCGCUGGUCCUGCCUCUGACAGAUCUGAAAGAGAUCAGAAAAAUAAAUGAAGCAAACAUAAAACUGUGUGUGCUUGAUUUAAGCAGCCUGAAAUGCAAGAUUAGCAGCAUUAGAUUUUAAACCUUUAUCCUGCUUAGAAACAUGCACCGGUCCGCUCGCAACAGACCAUCUUUUCUUCACCUAAAUGAAGAAAACUGUAUAAAAACAUUUAGCCUAUAUAAACAUUAUUCUAUAAUUGCGCCUUAAAAAUGAUCAGUAAUUUAUAUCUCGUUUUUACAUUAACACAUUAAUGUAACUUAAAGUUUUUCAAGACUGAAGUCAGAUUAAAUUUGUUUAAAUUUAAAUUCAUUAUACCUCAGCUGGAGAUCGGUUCACUACACCAACGCUGUUGACCGCAGCGAUCUCUUUCCAAAACUGUUUUUUACUUCAUUUGAGUCCGCUCUCCAAGGUUAAAAGUUCCUCGUUUUGGCCGGGUUACGUUUCUCCAUGUCGCAAAAUCUAGGUGCGAGGCGUCUACUCCCACGAAUUUAGAGGGGCGUUAUAUGUAAACUACGACCGAUUUCAGCCGCCACAUUUAUCAAGGUACGAUCAUUCUGAGAUUGGCGGCAUACGAAUGUUUGUAAGAUCUGUCGUAAGAUGAUUUCUGCGCACGAAUCUGCGCUCAUUUCUAUGUUCGAUUGAUAAAUGAGGCCCAUUGUCUCUUUGAUAUGUUUAUUGACAAGUACUUGUUGUCACACAGAAUUUAUUCAGCCGGUGAAGGAGAGGCCGCGUACAGACACUGAGGUCGCUCGGCGGAUGGUGACCAGAGCGCUGGGUUUGAGAGGAGGAUCAAAAGGAAAACUCUGACUCCAAAAAGACUAUAGUUUUUAAGACAAAAUCUCGAAGCAACUACUAAACCGCCAAAAAUGUACUCUCUCAAUUUUUUAAAUGUAAAGAACAGCCCACAUUUUGCUCUGCUCCCCACUGACAGGUGUGUAUGACUUUAUAAACAAAUAAUAGAGAGAAUAAUCCCAUGAAUACUGUGCCAGAUGCAUAGAUGUAAAUGUAAAGUGAAUCUUUUUUGUGGUUACACAGGAAGUGCUUGGCAUCUCACAAGUGUUCCAGUUAUUCAUUUCCUGAGCUAUGUUGUAUUGUAGAAACCUGCCGAUGGUUUAUUGACCAUCUGAUUGUGUGUUCUGGUAAGCAUUUAAAGCACCUUUUUUCUUCACUUUUUUAAGCAGGAAAUGUGGCUUGGGAAAACAGUCUUGUUUAUUUCAGCCUGCUUGGUUACCUCUUACUAACACAUCUGGCAUCUCUUGACAUCUGGUGUAACUAUUACAAACACACCAUUUCAUUAACAGUGACGUAUUUCAAUUAGGACUAGAAAUAUUGGUAACACUUUACAAUAAGGUGCUAUUUGUUAACAGUAGUAAAUGCAUUGGCUAACAAUGAACAAUUUUAGUUUUUCAGCAUUUAUUAAUCCUUGUCAAUACAAUUAUUCAUGUUAGUUCAUGGUGUAUUAACUCAUGUUAACAGACACAACGUUUGAUUUAGAUGUUUUAAUGCUAAAAUGAACAUGAACUAAGAUGAAUAAAUGCUGUAGAAGAAAUGAUCAUUGUUAGAUGUUAGCUAAUGCAUCAACUAAUUGUUAACAAGCAGCACAUUAUUUUAAGGUGUAACUGAAAUUUUGAGGAACAAAGUAAUGUUGCUUAGAUGUAUAAAAAAAUUGAUAGACUCUCAAAAGCAAUUUCUUACACAGUUUAUUCAGGACUACAUUCUUGAAUUUAUUGAUUGAAGUCAGUGCCAGACAUCUUAUCAGGGCAGAUUAAAGCAAACAAGACCGGAUCACUGACAAGGAAAUGGUCACUUUUGUUUUUUUAUGAUUGGCAUUGCUUCACUGUUGUUUCUUAGUUAGUUUCUGUUGGUAGAGUUCGGUUUUUAGGCAAAAUGUAUGUUUGGGAUUUUAAUGUUUUGGGGAUCGAAAAGGAGACCGCAUGGCAUUUUUGGCACAUUAAAUAUAUGUUUUGUUUAUACAUAGUAUUACUUGCAGCUAAAAGUCACUCAUACUAGAUUCUAUAGUUUACAAGAUUUGAUUUACAUGCUGUUUAUUUAUUGUCUGGAUAUGUUUUUGUGUACUUUGAGAGAUGUUUCAGAAAAAUUCAGCAUAUUACAUUUAAAUAGAAAAGGAGUGAAACUAUUCAUUUUUAAAAGUGUAACAUUGUCUUAUGUUAGUUUUAUUGUAUCGUCAUUAAAACUGUUUUUUAACUUGUCUCGGUUGU